AUGUUUUUAUUAUUAUUUUCAAUACUAAUAUGUUUACAUGGAAACAAAAAUGAUAAAUGUGAAAACAAUUUAAACAUAACAGUUAUAUCCAAAAAUGAAAUUAGAUUAAAAAGUCCAGAAGAAUUAAUUAUUAAUUUUUUUGAACUUAAUGGAUGUGAUAUUGAUGAAAAAUUUCAAUUUGAAUGUAUGGAUACAUAUUUAUGCCAUAUUGAUAAUGAUACAAAAAUUGGUCAUGUUAAAUUAAAUCAUGAUGAUAAUUAUACUACAAAUAUUUCUAUAAAAUUACAUCCAACAUUUAUUGGAUUAACACAUAUAACUGUUAAACCAUUAAAUAAUACAUCAAAUUUAAAUAUAACUCUUAAUAAUUUAAUAACAAUUCACAAAACUAAAGGUGAAAUAAUAUGGCAAACUAUUUUUUCUGGUGUUGUAUCAUGCUUUAUUUUUUUUGUAACUUUUUUAAUGGGAACACAAUUAAAUAUAAAUACUAUUAUUGAAAUAUUAAAAAAACCUAUUGGUGUUAUUGUUAGUAUAACAUGUCAAUUUUUAUUCAUGCCAAUAGUAGCAUAUUUAUUAUGUAUAACUAUUUUAAAAGAGGAACCAAAUUUUGUAAAAUUUUGUUUUAUUGCAACAGGAUCAUCACCAGGUGGUGGUAAAUCCAGUUUUUGGACAAUAAUAUUUGAUGGAAAUUUAGAUUUAUCAGUUUGUUUAACAUUCGUACAAACAGUAUGUGCCUCAUUUAUGAUGCCAUUAUGGAUGAAAGUAUUUGGUGAAAACUUUUUAUCAAAAGAAAACAUAUCUCUUCCAUAUAUGGGAUUGAUUAAAGCCAUCCUAAAUUUAAUUAUCCCUUGCUUUUUUGGAAUGUUAACAGUUUAUUAUAAACCGCAAUUAGUUAGAAAUGCUCAAAAAUACAUUAAAACAGCAACAUGGAUCUCAACAAUUAUAUUUACAGCUUUAGGUGUAUUUGUUUAUUAUCAUAUCUUUUUAAUGAUAACAAUACCAAUACUAAUUGCAAGUUGUAUCCUACCAUGGUCAGGAUAUAUUGUUGCAUUUUUUUUAAGUAAACUUUGUAAAUUACCAUUGGCUGAUGCUAUUACUAUAAGUAUUGAAACUGGAAUUCAAAAUGUUGGAUUGGCAAUAAUGAUGUUAAUGUAUAGUUUUAAAGAACCUGAACUUGAUAUUGCCAUGGUUGCCCCAGUAGUUGUAAUUUUAGCCACAGACAAGCCACUCGUAAUUAUAUGGUUGGUUAAGAAAUUUAUAAAAAACUAUAAGGAAAAGAAAGAAACAAAAAAUGAAAAUAUUCCACUAUCAUGA